AUGGAUUGUUUGUCUACUACUGUUGAGAGGAGCAACAGGAAACAAGUUCGUUUUGUGUCACCAUUAAUUAGCCAUCGCCAAGUUUCAUCAUUACCUUCACCUCCGCCAACACCUCUUUUGUCUCCAGUACUUACUCCUCCAUCAUCUCCUUCAUUGAAUCAACAUACUUUUAGGCAUUCACUGAAAGACAACAAUAGUUCUAUUCAUCACAGAAAUUUAAUAACGUCGUCUAGAUCGUUAACGUGUUCUCCACAAAGAGGAAUUUGUAAAGAGAAGACGUUAGAGCAAUUACCUCAACAACGUUCAUUAGCCUUUCGUUUGGUUCAAACAUUAAUUAAACAUUCUUAUAGUUCCGAUUCUUUACAACAAGCAUCAAAAACAUCAUCAACACAAACAAAAUUUUAUCGUUCAAAAUUACCUUCAAAACAACCUUCUUUGCCAACUUCAUUUUCAUUAAAUUCAAUUUCUUCAACUUCUAAUUCAGCAAUUUACCAACUUAUUUGGAGAGAUGAAAGACAACGCUCUUUUGAUGAAUUAAAAGGAAAAUUAGGCAACCACCACCACCACCGCUCUUCUUCUUCUUCGUCCUAUCCUUCCAGACGCCGUUGUAACUUUCGUCCCGAGGGCGUGGUCUUCCAUAAUUCUGUUGGUGGGCCUUCUCUUUCAAACUCUUCUUCUCCUCAAACCUUUUCUUCCACCACCACCACAAACUCCUCUUCUCUUCGUUUAGCUAAUACCACCACCACCACCCCCAGCACCACCACCACCACUACCUUUCAUGGCAGCAGCACUCUUGGUGGUUGUGGUGUCAAUAUCUGCUGCCGAGCGUCUGCCGUAGAGGAAACUACUACUAAAAGAAAAAAGGAAAAAAAGCGCCCUCCUCCUCCUCCACUCUUCUGCCAUUUCCACAAACCAGUGGAGCACCAAAAAUUUUCUUCUUCUCUUUUUCAAUCUAGUCAAAAAAGAAUUUUUUGUUGGCCACCACCUAUAUUAGCUGGUCAAGUGAUUUUAUUUAAACAACAAAAACGUCGUUUGCCAAAUAGUUAUACAUUUCCUCCACCGGUAAUAAUGAAUGCUUCUCCUUCACAUCAUCAACAACAACAACAAGCUUAUAAUGAAUUGGAAGAUUUUGAUGAAGAUUUUGUUCCUCGUUCUUCAAAUACUGCUAGAGAAAAUUAUAGGAAUUCAAUGGAAGGCCAUAUCGAAGAAAGAACUCAAAUUCGACGAAUGUCACUUAAAGAAUUUAGUGGAUUGGAUUUACUGGAAGAACAAGCAAAUCAAAAAGCAUCUCUUUCCCCAAUGCUUCAUCCUUGGAGAAGUGGACAACAAUUAACUCUUGGAAGUUUAAUUGAUAAAUUUAGUAAUCGACGUCGUUCCUCUUCUUCUGGAGGUGCAAAACUUGAAGGUGCUGGUCUUCAUCAUUCACAUUCUUCGGAUGAUGGAUAUAACUCGUUUGAUCGAGUUCUAGAUGGAAUUAAUCAAGCAAUACGAGAAACAAUUGCAACAGAAAAUAAUGAACAAACAGCAACAAAAAUUGAGGGAGGAGAAAAGAAUGGAGUCAACAAUCAUCAUUUAGAAAAACAAUAUAGCACUGGACGUAAUACUUUUGGACAAACAUUGCAGAGAUUAACAAAUAUCCGAAAUCAUCUAAAUUCAACUUUACAAUCUGUCCCAAAUGCCAGUCCAAGAAAAGCAGCAACAUCAGAACCUGAUUGUGAAAAGUUGGUGUUGCUUAAUGAAUGUAAAGAUCUUGUUAUUGCGUGUAAAGACAUGGUUCGCAAUGCUAACUCUUCUUCAUCUCCACCUUCAAGUCAAACAACUCUUCAAACCUCGUCUUCUACUGACUGCCAUCAACUUGUCCAAACAGUUGUGGAUAGUGCUGAAAGAGCAAUAGAUAGUGUUGAAAUGUUGAUCCGGAAAAGUAAUUCGAUAUUUCAAGCUCAACAGCUAACUUCAAAUGCUGAUCAGUUGUUGAAGGCACUAUCAGAAACUGUACGUGAAGUAGAAAAAUGUCAGAAGCCAGCAGUUAAAUCAAAUGAACAAGUAAAACAACUUGUUCGCUCCAGUACUGUGUUGACGGCAAACUUGAUCAGCUUCACUGAAUUAAUUCGAAAUAUUUGA